AUGAAUACAAGCAAGACGAAGAGCACAACGAAGAGCUCGGGUGGCGAAAAGGGAGAGCAAAGAACACCGCUCGCCAUCCCCAUGUCGGAGAAACACAAAAUGCAGCUUCGCGCGGCGUUUGAUCUGUUCGACUCGGAGGGUACAGGGCGCAUCAAGGCGCUAGAUGUGAAGGUGGCACUUUGUGCCCUCGGGUAUGAUGUGAGCAAAGAGGAGCUUGGCCAUCUGCUCCGGCACGUGGGCGGCUCCAUCACUGGUGCGGUAGACUUCAAUGAGUUCCACAGUGUUCUUCUUGCAAAAAUUAUGCAGCGUGAGAAUCGAUCGGAGGCUGUUCGUGCAUUUAAACUGAUAGAUGUUGGCGAGAAGGGGUACAUUGGCAUUGAUGAUCUGCGUCCUAUUGCGGACUCGCUAGAUAUUGAUUUGACAGAUGACGAGCUGGCAGAGAUGAUCCUCUUCGCCCAUCCAUCAGUUUCGUUUGGCAAGAAUGAAACUGAGAUCAAGGAACCACUCACAGUGAGCGAAGAGGAGUUUCUGAAGCUUAUGAGCCGCGCUCAUGUAUAUUAG